AUGCAAAUUGGGCUUCUUCUUCACGAUGAAUGCUUGAAUGUGAAUAUGACCUUACAGUUUGUGCAAGUACCAGCUUUUUGGGAAGGUCCUCCUUCCGCCGCUCGAGGGCCGCCGCCGCCGCCGCCGCGAAAGGCAGCGACCCCGGAGCCCCCCGACCCCACGGCCCCCCUGCCCCCGCCGGCCCUCGCGAAGAGCGCCAAGAGCCGGGGGAGCGGGAAGCUCUCCAGCAGCUUCAAGCUCACCAGCAAGCUCGUCUCUCGGGACAGCUGGGACGCGGACGAGGAGCCCGCCAGCGCCUCCGAGGCUGUCCUGUCCCGAAGAGAGGGGGGCGUUAGCAGGCGAAGGGACGCCGCCCUCGCGAAGGCCAAGUCGAUCGACGCGAUAGUUGAGACAGGCUAUGACCCGACCUCAGCGCGGGCCAGAGACCGAAGUAUCGUCGGAUGGGAAACUGAAGUAGAAGGGAACAGAGAAAUAACCAAGAAAAGCCAGAAGGAGGAAGAGAGGGGGAAGACAGAGCCAUUUCGAGUCGCAGGUCCCGACAGACUCGAGAAACAGGUCUUGGAGGAGUUGAUGAUAGGACUUACUGUGGCCGGAAGUCCAGGAUCGGGUAAUGAGGCCGACACGGAGUCCCUGAUGGAGUGCGAGCGCAGCGCCCCGGACCAGACGGACGACAGCGCAGACGCCAAGAUGAGCGGCGGGAACGGCAGGAAGACCGCGGUGUCCGGGCCCUCGGGAGGCUCGUGCUCGGCCAGCACCUCAGGCCAGGCCAUGCCCAAGAUCGACCUCAGCGCCUCCUCCAGAUCUCUCAACCGCAGCAUCCAGCACUUAGUGCAAGAAGACACGGAAAACCGCCCCGGCCAUCGGCCACCCACGCCCGCGCGCCCGUCGCUGCCCACUCUCCUGCCCGGCCGCCUCCUGGACGUGUCGCUCAGCGCCUCCGUCGGCAGCACGAAGAGCGAGGGGCGGUCGGUGGCGCCGUCGCGUCGCGUCACGUUCUCGUCGUUCCCGCGGUCCGCCUCCGAGCCGCGGUCGCUGACGGUGUCGCCCACGCGGAACCUGCGCCCCGAGGACGACGACGACGACGAGGACGAAGACGAGACCGUGACGGACCUGCUGGACUCCUCGACGCGCUCCGAGGGCUGGGACCACAUCCGGGGGGCCAGAGGGCGCGGCCCGUCGUGCGCGCCCUCGGAGGGCCACGUAGUCCCUCUGCCGCCCAUCAACCAGCCGCGCUUCUCCGAGUUCGGGGUGCGCGGGCGCGAGGGCAUCCGCGGGCGCAGUGGGCUGGGCGGGGGCGAGAACAACGUGCUCAACGUCGCCAAGAAGACCCUGGAGCAGCUGGAGAGCGUGCUGGCGCCGUCGGAGGGAGCCGCCCUGCCGCGCCACAUCCCCAGAACCAGGACGAGCCAGCAGAUCCACCUGGAGACCUAGCACAUCUCGCGCUGGCUGCGCGCCCACGUCCAGACACGCCCGAAGCCGUGCAAGCAGGCGCGGAGGCUGUCGCGCGCUCGCCACGACCACGAGGACGACUGAACGGCCGAGCGCGACGGCCGGCGGAGCAGGAGGCGGC